AGAAGCUUCUGGCUGGAGUUUAAAGUUACGGUUUUGCGGAGAGACAUGAUGGAUCAAUGGAUGGUCGUUUCUCGAAUUCUCCGGGAUCGGAACUAGGAUGUUUUGGUUUGCCGAUAUGGCCUGAUGUUGCUUCUCCUCUUGUCACAAAACCUCGCAGAGCUUUCUUUGAUUUUUGGAUUGUAAGUGGAAGAAAUUUCUUUUUCACCUCAAGAGAAAUUUAUAGAAUCUUCGUCGUCGUCGUUGAUGAGACGGAAGAAGUGGAGCAUAGUAAUUGAAAGCCAAAAUAUGUUGUUUUUUCCAGAGAUAGUCCUCACUGGGCUCUAAAGAGGAUCAGACAUUUAUCUCUUGCCUGUGGUCCCAGCAUUGUUUUG